AUGUCUUUCUCAACCAAACCAGCAUUCGUCCACUACGGAACCUGGGAUGACGAGACCCGCUCCCACCCAGCCAUGAAGUGGAUGGAGCACUACACGAACCAAUUUGACGCCAAAGCCGUCGACGAUGUCAAAAACAACCUGUUGACCCACGACCACGUCCUUGUCCGCACCACGGGCCAAAUGGACGCGGGCGCGCAAGCCUCGGUCGAUGCGCUGUACAAGGUACUCUACGCCCCGUUUGCGAAAUGGGCGCACAUCCCCCAGCACGUCAUCUGCUACGCGGUCGAAGAUGGGUGGGAGAUGAUGGGGCACGCGACGCUGUAUUGGACGCUUGCUGUGCCGGGCAAGCAGGAGAGUGGUGCUAAUGUCAGGGAUCAAGAGGGGAAUGAGUGGGAUGGGGCGAAUCCGGCCGCGUUUAACUUCAGGUACAGGAUGGAGGGUGGUGAGAUUAGAAUGUGUAGGAUGGAGAUUGCGGCGGAUCCGUCGACGGUGAUUGUGAGCAUGUUGAAGAGAGGGAUGAUGAAGGCCGAGGAUUUGAUGAAGUAG